AGGAAAAACAUAAAACGUAGGGCUGUGGCCCUCGAGGACCAGGAUUGCCCACCCCUGUUCUAGACUGAUCUCUUUCCUCAGGAUCAGGAAACCCCACAAGGCUAAACGCUGAACUGAAACCCAGCGACGGGCUGCAGAUGGAGCCUGGCACCUCGCGUGAAGCCCAGGCGCGCUCAGGAUGUCCCACAGCGGUGUGCCGACACCACGACAGCCCGGCUGCUGCUGCUGCUGAAGCCGGGGAGAAGGCUGCGCAGUGCGGGCAGGCUGGAGGAGCCGAGAGGCGGAAAGAAAGCGAGGAGGAGCUGGACCCGAGGAUCCAGGACGAGCUGGAGCAUCUGAACCAAGCCAGCGAUGACAUUAAUAAACUGGAGCUGCAGCUGGAUGAUGCCAGGUCCAGUUACAGAAGGAUUCUGACGGACUCUGCCAGGAAGCUCAAUGCUCAGGGUUCCCAGCUCGGUGCCUGCAUUGAAAAAGCCAGGCCCUACUAUGAAGCUCGCAGACUUGCUAAGGAGGCCCAAAAAGAGACCCAGAAAGCAGCUUUGAGGUACGAGAGGGCCGUGUCCAUGCACACUGCUGCGAGAGAGAUGGUUUACGUGGCCGAGCAAGGCCUCCUCGCUGACAAGAACACCGUAGACUCAACCUGGCAAGAAAUGCUGAACCACGCGACAGCCAAGGUGAACGAGGCGGAGGAGGAGCGGCUCUGCAGCGAGCAGGAGCAUCAGAGAGUCACUCUGCUCUGCCAGGAUGCUGAGGCACGAGUCCAGACCCUGCAGAAGUCCCUGAGGAAGGCCAUCCUCAAGUCCAAACCUUACUUUGAGCUCAAGGCUCAGUUUAACCACAUUCUGGAGGAACAUAAAGCUAAAGUGCUGCAACUGGAGGAGCAGGUGUCGAAAGUAAAAACCCGUUACUUUGUGGCGUUGCGGAACUUGGAGCAGAUCAGCGAGCAGAUCCACGCGCAGAGAGCACAAAGCGUGGCCCCCGAGGGGCGGAGCUCCCCUGUCGGAGCUGAAGCAGAGGUCCAAGGUGCCGCUGCCGCUCCCGUCAGCACCUGUGUGGGCGUCAGCGGGAUAGAAAGCGCCUGGGCAGGCGGGGAGAAGACCAGGCUGUGGGUGGAGAGGCACAGAGAGAGCGGCUGGGGUCAGAGGGAGCGGCUGGAGGCGGAGCCAGCCACCGUCGUCAGCUUACAGACUACUGCCUCCGACCUGGAGAAGUGUGACUCGCUGGAGCACUUGGGUGACCUGGGUGAUGGUGGGAGUGAACUGGGUGAGGAGUGGGGCUGCCACCAGAACAGGCCACUUAGCAGGGGCAUAAUGACUGGGGGGUCUCAGCUGGACAAGGGAGGGGUCUGUGAGGAGAUGCAGGACAGUUUAAUUAAACAGCAUCAGAGAAGUUUUAGUCUAUGAUGGUCAGCAGGAAACAAAACAGUUUAAGUUGGAAAGAAGAACGGACUGAAGGAUGUGUUCUAAUUUAUUUUAUCUCAGGGAAGAAGCUCAAAUCGAACUACAGGGUGUAUCAGAAAAAAAUGAUACUCUCAGAAAAAUCACCAUAAAAUUAACAUAAGCUGUGUUUCCAUUGC